GCAAACAGGCUCUUAACAUGAUUCAUAACGGGCUAACCCAGAAUCUCGAACCUCAAAAAAGGCCCGAGCGACCAACGACGUCUAUACGCACGGAACAUAUCUCAAAAGGGCCCGAUCGCCCCCAUUCAAAAUUCUCUUCCUCUUUCUUUCCUCCCCACGGAGCAUCUCGAUUCACUCUUGAGCUGAAUCGCCGUCGCGCCGGAGUUCAUCCGCGACAUUUCUUGCUAUGGCACCCAUCAAGGCCAUUUUCUCUCUGCAAAGGACAGCUUUGAGGGCAUGCAACAGUGAGAGUUGGGGUAUACGUGUCAGAUCAUUCAGCACUCAAGGUGCAACAACUGCUAGUACUCCACAGCCUCCUCCACCUCCUCCACCUCCAGAGAAAACCCACUUUGGGGAUCUAAAAGAUGAAGAUCGGAUAUUCACCAACUUGUAUGGGUUGCAUGACCGAUUCCUUAAAGGUGCCAUGAAGCGGGGCGACUGGUAUAGAACCAAGGACUUGGUACUCAAGGGUUCUGAUUGGAUUGUCAAUGAAAUCAAGAAGUCUGGUCUACGAGGACGUGGUGGUGCUGGUUUUCCAUCUGGCCUUAAAUGGUCCUUCAUGCCGAAAGUAUCUGAUGGCCGCCCUUCCUAUCUUGUUGUCAAUGCUGAUGAAAGUGAACCUGGAACAUGUAAGGACAGGGAGAUCAUGAGGCACGAUCCGCAUAAACUAUUGGAGGGAUGUUUGAUUGCUGGCGUAGGAAUGAGGGCUAGUGCUGCUUAUAUCUACAUACGAGGUGAAUAUGUAAAUGAACGUAAGGCCCUUGAAAAGGCGAGAAAAGAAGCUUAUGAAGCUGGACUGUUGGGAAAGAAUGCAUGUGGAUCAGGUUAUGAUUUUGAUGUUCAUAUCCACUAUGGUGCUGGUGCUUAUAUUUGUGGGGAAGAGACAGCUCUUUUGGAGAGCCUUGAAGGGAAACAAGGAAAGCCAAGAUUGAAGCCUCCUUUCCCUGCUAAUGCUGGAUUGUAUGGCUGUCCCACCACUGUCACUAACGUGGAAACUGUGGCUGUUUCACCCACAAUUUUAAGGCGUGGACCAGAGUGGUUUGCUAGUUUUGGGAGGAAGAAUAAUUCUGGGACAAAAUUGUUUUGCAUAUCAGGUCAUGUGAAUAAGCCCUGCACGGUGGAGGAGGAGAUGAGUAUACCACUUAAGGAGUUGAUAGAGAGGCACUGUGGAGGUGUAAGAGGUGGAUGGGAUAAUUUACUUGCAGUUAUACCAGGUGGUUCAUCUGUCCCCCUUAUUCCCAAGAACGUAUGUGAUGAUGUGCUGAUGGAUUAUGAUGCACUAAAGGCUGUGCAGUCAGGACUGGGGACUGCUGCUGUGAUUGUGAUGGAUAAAUCAACUGAUGUUGUAGAUGCAAUUGCAAGGCUCUCUUACUUCUACAAGCACGAAAGCUGUGGGCAGUGCACACCAUGCAGGGAAGGCACAGGGUGGUUAUGGAUGAUCAUGGAGAGAUUGAAAGUUGGUAAUGCAAAGUUGGAAGAGAUUGAUAUGCUUCAGGAGGUCACAAAGCAGAUUGAGGGGCACACAAUCUGUGCUUUGGGUGAUGCAGCAGCUUGGCCUGUGCAGGGUCUUAUUAGGCAUUUCAGGCCAGAGCUUGAGAGAAGGAUCAGAGAGCGUGCAGAGAAGGAGUUGCUGGAGGCUUCUGCUUAGGUUUCUAUAUAUAACUCAGGGAGUUUCCCAUGCUAGUUGCUAUUCUGAAUAAAAUUUUUGUAACCAAAACUUGGAGGAUACGAGACACAACCAUCUGCGAAUCUGUUAGUUUUCUGUUUCCCCUUUCAAGAUACAUUACCAAUGACUGUUUUCCAUUGUGGAAAUAAUAAAUAUGUUUUAUGUCUAGGCAAAAAUGAUAUAUAUACUUGAGCCAUUUCUUCAUGUUUCCCGGAGGACAUAAAUCAUCUUAGGCUCC